AUGGAUUUCAACGAAGUUCUCUCCCAAUUAACCAGCCUCGACAAUGAAGUCCGCGCGAAGGCUGAGAAGGUGUACGAAUCGAUAAGUUUGUACGAGAAAAUUAAUUUGCUCUUCAUAUCGAUUUGCGAUGACUCAAAGCCAGAUGAUAUUCGCCAACUGGCUGCUGUCUUGUUGAGACGAGCACUGUUCAGUUCUUAUGAUGAAAUCGCAAAGUGUGCUGACAAUACGUUUGUGGACCAACUGAAAGGACACGUUAUUGGCUUGCUGCAAAAAGGCAUCUCCUUGAAUCUAAGGAAAAAGGUCUGCGACGUUGCCUCUGAGCUGUCGAAAAACUGUAUCGACGGCGAGGGUAACAAUACAUGGCCAGAACUAUUGAACUUCAUGUUUUCCGCUGCCAACUCGGACAACUUGGAGCUUAGAGAAUGCGCUCUUCUCCUAUUCAACUCACUCCCUUCCAUUUUUGGCAACGAGCAAAACAAGUACUUGGAUUACAUCAAAAAGAUGCUAUUAAAGUCCUUGUGCGAAGGGUCAAGCGAGACGGUCAAACUCGCAGCAUUGAAAGCAACAACUUCGUUUAUCUUAAUCAACAGCGAUGACAAAGCCAUACUCAAGCUGUUUGCCGAAACCGUUAUACCAAUGUUGCAAGUUUUGAAUGUUUUAGUGGAAAACGACGACGAUGAGCCCCUACUGUGCUUCAUUGAAUUGGCGGAAAAAUGUCCGCAAGUUCUGCGCAGCAGCUUUAACCCAUUGAUGGAGAUUUGCAUGAAGACUAUUACGAACGCUGAUGUCUCUGAAAAAAUAAAGUUUUCUGCUCUUGAAAUUAUUGUCAGCUUUGCAGAAAAUGCUCCGGCCACAGUCAGAAAGAGAGGCACCAACUAUCUGAUACCACUAGUUACUCAGCUACUGAUGAUGAUGACAGACAUUGACGAUGAUCCCAACUGGUCUUUCACCGAAGCAGAAGAAGAAGAUCAGGACUCGGAUAGCAACAACAUUGUUGGCGAAACUUCUCUUGACCGUUUGGCCUGUGCCAUUGGCGGCAAGACUGUUUUCCCCAUUGCGAUUAACAUCAUUUCGCAAAUGCUGCAAAACGCUGAUUGGAAGCAGCGAUACGCCGCCUUGAUGGCCAUUUCUGCUCUGGGAGAAGGGUGCCACAAGCAGAUGCUUCCAAUGCUCGAUCAGAUUGUCUCCGUCAUAAUACCAUUUGUGGGAGACAGUCACUGUCGAGUUAGGUACGCUGUCUGCAAUGCCCUCGGACAGAUGGCUACCGACUUUUCGCCUAACUUUGAGGAAAUGUUCCACGACAAGUUUAUUCCCAACUUAUUGAUGCUUCUCGAUGACAAUGCAAAUCCUCGCGUUCAAGCACACGCCGCCGCUGCUUUUGUGAACUUCUUUGAGGAGGCCACUCAAAAGGUUGUUCUAAACUACGCCGACAGCAUCGCACAGAAGUUUGAAGAAGUUCUCAAAGUCAAAAUGGACGAGCUCAUGAAGAAGGGAACCAAGCUCGUUCUUGAGCAGGUAAUCGUCUCGAUCGCAUCGCUUGCCGAUGUCGUUCAAGAGACUUUCAUCGGCUACUACGAUCGUUUUAUGCCAUGUUUGAAGUACAUCAUUGAAAAUGCCAACGUAAAGGAACUGCGUCUGUUGCGAGGAAAGUCGAUCGAGUGUGCCAGUUUGAUUGGUCUUGCUGUUGGCAGUGAAAAGCAAAACUUUGGCAUUAAGGUCGCAGGCUUAGAAGACAAGGCCACCGCCUGUGAGAUGCUCGUGUGCUAUGCACGAGAACUGAAGCAGGGCUUUGUUAACUACGUUGAAGAGACCACAAAGAUAUUGAUACCACUUCUCAAGUUUUACUUCCAUGAAGGAGUGAGGCUGGCCGCUGCCCAAAGUCCUCCCUAUCUUUUGGAGUGUGCGAAAAUCCGAGGCGAUGCGUACGUGUUGGAGAUCUGGAACUACAUGUUGCCAAUUCUUUUAAAUGCCAUUGAAAAUGAGUCCGACAAGAGCGUACUCUCUGAAAUGCUCGUCUCGCUGGCUGACUGCAUCACCACCUUGGGCAUGAACUCACUCAAUGAGCAGCAAAUGCAGGAGGUGAUCAGAGUUAUCGACACUCACUUUACCGAACACUUUGAGCGCUACCGAGAGAUGCAAAGUAAGCGAGAAGACGAGGACUACGAUGACGACACUGAAGAGGCGCUAAUUGACGAAGCUCCUGAUCGACCAGUUGCUGACCAACAGUGGGCUCUCUGUGUCAUCGACGACAUUAUUGAGUUUUGUGGCGUCAAGUGUAUCGAGUAUAAGGACAUCUUCAUUCCUCUGUUCAACACUAACUUGAAGAGUCCCCACACUGAGCUGCGACAAGCAUCUGCCUAUGGUUUGGGAGUGCUUGCCAAGCACGGAGGAGACACCUUUGCCAAGGUCCUCGCCGACAGUGUUCCCAGCCUGGUCGCUAUCAUUCAGGAUCCCAAUAGUCGACUGGCCGAGAAUAUUCAUGCCACUGAGAACGCCAUUUCGGCCAUCACCAAGAUCAUCGAGUUCAAUAACUCUAUGAUUGACGUUGAUGCUGUUCUCUCAUGCUGGCUGACCUGGUUGCCCAUUUGGGAAGACGAAGAGGAGGUUAUUUACGUGUACUCCUUCCUUUGCAAGCUGCUUAUAAGUAAUCACCCACGGAUUUUCGGCGCUGAUAACUGCAACUUGCCGCACAUUGUCAGUGUGAUCUUGGAAGUAUUUGCGCGCUCUGUCAUCGAAUACAGCGGUGAACUUGGUAUAAAGCUGGUGCAGUUUGUGAAGGUUGCCAAUAUCGACAGCAGUAUAUCUUCCAAGUUCACACCAGAGCAGCAAAAAGUUCUAGAGCAAAUUAACAGCAUUCAAAUUAAUUAA